CUUGCAGAUCUGCCAGGCGACGAGGCGGAGGGCAGCAGCAGGGACGGCAGGGCGGGCAUGGGCGCAGAGGCAGACGCGCUGCCUGCUGGAGGGAGCGGGGGAGCGAGUGGGGUGCAGCGGGGACUCGCUCGCUCGCACUCGUCGUCUGCCCGCCUCUCGCCCUCGCCCUGGACGCGCCUCUCCAUCACGUCCCCCAGAUCGCCCCUCCCCCCCUCGAUGCGCCUCAGCCUGCGCGUGAGCAGUGGCGAGGAAGGGCUGCUGGACCACAGGCAGCAGCAGCAGCAGCAGCAGCAGCAGGCACAUGCGGGGGGCGAUGGGGGGAUGAGGCACCUGCUGAGGCAGCAGCAGUCAGGGCAUGUGAGGGGGGCGGUGGUUGGGCCCAUGCAGCAGGGGGGCAGCUCGGGUGCGGGGCACGCAGCAGCGUGGGGGUCAGUGGGUGCUGUUGUGGCGGGCUCGCCUGCCCCUCCCACUGCCCCCAAGCACCUCCGCCACCCGCGCGCUGCUCCCACCGUCCCUGCGGCCCUGCAUGGCCCCUCCACUGCCGUGAGCCACCAGGGUGCUGCCGUGCCCCACCAGUGUGCUGCCGUGCCCCACCAGUGUGCUGCCGUGCCCCGCGCCGCGGUAGGAGGGACGAGUGCACGGCACAACGCGGAGCAUGCGCGGGGCGGGCAGGGUGGGGGAGGGAGUGGGGGCGAGGGCGAGGGCCCGCGGGGGUGGGGCAGGGCGGCGGUGCAGUCGGAGCUGCUGUCGCUGGCGCAGGGGCGCGCGGGGGUGGGGAGUGGCAGGGGCGGGGUGAGGGCACAGGCAGGGGAGUCUGGUGCAGGGGCGGCAGGGGAGGGGAGGGGUGCAGAGCAGAGGGAUGAAGGCAGAGGUGAGAGUGGUGAGGGGGGGGGGCAGAGGGCGCAGGUAGAGGCGGAGAGGGGCCCACUGGGAGUGCGGGCGAGAGGCAGGGCGAGGCGGAGGGCGGUGGCAGGGCACGUGCUGCGGUGGCAGCAGCACACGCAGCACGGGGGGGCAGGAGGGCAGGCGGUGGGGGGGCAGGCGGCAGUGGAUGCAGGGCGUACACAUGCGGGUGGAGGGGAGUCGCUUGGUGGAGGUGGGGUAGUGGGCGAGGCAGCCCCUCAAGAGGCACUUGCGCAGGCGGGCAGCAGCAGAGGCACGCGGUGGGUGGCGGGGCAGAGGGUGCUUGGGAUGAGGAGAGGAGUGGAGGCAGCAGAGCCCGCCAGUAGUGCUGCCGAGGCAGCAGGGGAUAAGGGGGAGGCACAGUCAGGAGUGGCAGCGGCAGGAGUGGCAGAGAGCGAGGAGGGCGCACACGUGCCGCGAGGCGCUGAGGAGGGCGCUGAGAGGGGAGGGCGGGGCGGGGAGGGAGGGACAGAGACGGGAGCAGAGGGUGGCGGCAGGCAUGUGAUGGGGGAAGAGGCGGAAGGAGCGGCGUGUGGAGGCGCGGGCGUGGGCGUGGUGGGCGUGGUGGUGUACCGGCGCAAGCGACAGCGGUCUGCACGCGCAGCAGCAGGAAGGGCGGGGCAGGCAAGCAGUGGUGCUGACGCUGCCCGUCUGCUCAUGCCCGUGCCCCUCACCCCGCCGCCACCACCCCCUGCCUCAUCCCCCUUCUCUCCUGCCCGCCUCAUGUGGCCUCGCCCGCCUCGCCCCCCUGCACUGGGCGCUGCAUGUGGCGCGGCAGGGCGGCAGGCGGCAGGGCAGGGGUUGGAGGCAGAGGCGUUAGCAGCGAGGGCGUGGGCGAGGAGGGCGAGGGCGAGGGCGGGAGCGGCGAGGGCAAGGGCGAGCGAGGUGCAGCGCGUGGCGGAUGCGGCGCUCGAGCGCGCCGUGCACCGCCUGGCGCUGCUCCGCGCCGCGCACGCCAUGCGCACUCCCACCGCCAUGCAGGCCGGCGCCCCCCCUACUCCUCCCCGGCACCAUCUGCCUGCCGCGCUCCCAUCCGCUCCCAUAGCAGGCGGGUCAGGCGCCCAUGCAUGGCGUGAGCUGCCCGGCGUUGCUGCGCGCGCUGGGGAGUGCAUGGACGGGCGCCGCUGUGGCGGGCAGGGCGGCACGAGUGCACAUGGGAGGGAGGAUGCUGGGGGGGGUGAUGCAGGGGUUGCAGGGACGCUGGAUGGAGUGCAAGAGCAUGAGAGCAUGGGCGAUGCAGUGAGCCCAUGUGGUGGGGCGCUGGAGGUUGCUGAUGCACAGUGUGCAGCAGGGCAUGUAGCAGAGUGUGCAUUGGGGUGUGUGGGCGGCAGUGGGGGUAGCGAGUCACCCCGCCCUGCGUCCCUGGCGCCACCUGUGUGUGUGUCUGCUGUCUCGCAUGGCCCUCUAGCCCCUCCACCUGCGACACCGCUCGCUGCCCCUUCUGGCCUGCCACCUGUGCCUGCACCCGCCCUCACCUCCCCACACGCAACGCCCGCGCCCUUGGCUCCCACACCGCUUCCUCCGUCCUCCCCCGCACUGCAGCAGCAGCAGCUGGCCAGCAGCGGCAGCCCGGCAACGCGGGGGCCGUCGCUCCCCUCGCCCUCCUCUGUGGCCAGACGGGCAGCCGUCACGUACCGCCGUGCUGAUGUCACUCUGCGCCGUGCUGACGUCACUCUGGGGGAGGAAGGGUGCGGGUUCAGCCUCCUGCCCCCUGACCACUUCCCCCUGCGGGCUGCCUCCGUCACACACGCACCUGCUGACAUCACUCUCUCGCAUGCUGACAUCACCAUCAGAGACCCCCUCGCUGGCAGCGAUGGCCGUCCAUGCCCUGCCAGCGUGCCUCCUCCCCACCCGUCCCUGCUCUCCGCAUGCUCCCUGGGCCCUCCCACGCACCCCUCUCUGCAUGCUGCCCCUGCUGCGCCUGCACGUGCCUCCCCCACACCCGUACCUCUCGCUGCACGCGGCAGCGCGUGCCGGGCAGCAGGGGCAGGCGGGGAGGAGGGCGGGGGUGAGGCGUGCUGUGGGGGCGCCUGGAGCAUGGAGUGGGGAGGGCAGUGCGCAGGGUGGGAGAGAGAGUCGGAAGGUGGCGUGGUGGAUGCAGCAGAGGCUGCAGCAGCAGCAGCAGGUGAGCGCGUUGGCAUGCCGGAGGGGGCCGUCGGUGGGUGUGCUGGUACGACUGCGGCUGACACCUGCAAGGACGCCACAGCAGAAGAGCAGCGGACAGCAGAAGAGCAGUGGGCGGGUGUGGGUGGGGUGGAUGGGAUGGCGCAGCAGUCAGGCAGUGCGGUGGAGGCACAGGGAGGCAAGGCGUGCGCGGAUGGGGCAGGCACACAGGCGGACAGGGCGGAGCGAUGUGGGGCUCACGUGGGUGUGUGCCGCCUUGAGGGGGGGGUGGGAAAGGGUGGAGAUGGGGAGGGUUGUGUGGAGCGGCAUGUUGGGGGGCAUGUGGGGGGGCAUGUGGGGGGAGGUGGGGCGGAGGUGAGGCGAAAGUUGGCGGCGGACAGCGACCAUGGUGGGGCGGGUGAGAGUGACGCAGCGGGUGGUGAUGGCGCAGGGGAGAGCGUGGCAGAGGGCAGGGCGAGCAGCGGGGUUGUGUGUGCAGCAAGGGAGCUGCCUUGCUGUGGAGCUGCGGAUGGGCGGGUGGGCGAGGCGUGGCAUGGGGCAGGGGGGUGCAGUGUGACGCCAGGGGGCCAUGGCACCAUGGCAGUGGGGGCUGAGAGUAGGCCAGAGGGGGCUGAGAGUAGGCUAGAGGGGGCUGGUGACAUGGGAGCAGUGCUGGAGAGGGCAUGUGUUUAUGGAGGUGCGCAUGGCGGGCAGCUGGUGCAGCCGUGCGAUGCCUCUGAGCCUCUGCCUCGUGCCAUGGGUGAUGUGGCCAAGUCCUUCAGCGGGGUGGAGGAGUGGCGGCACUCAAAUGGUGGGGUGGCAGCGCAAGAGCACCCAGCAGCUCGCAUCUCUCACCUCGCAGCAACGGAUGAACCACAGCCGGCUCUUGCGGGUGGAGGGGCAGACAGCUCCCAUGGCGGCAGUGGCAUCACACCCUUCCCAUGAGACCCCUCUGAGCAGUCGCAGGGUUUGGGAGCACAGCAUUGAAACAACGCUCCAGCAGUAAUUGUGCUGGUGCAGAUGCGCUUUGGGGGUAAUUGCUGGAAGGGGAGCAGGGGUGGUACAUGAGGGGUGAAAAGCACAGCUAAGUAGAAAGCGCAUGCUGAAGCAAGCUAAACGAACCCGAGCCAGACUGCCCGAAAUAAGCUAGAAAUACAGCACGUUGUAUCGCCAUUGUUCUCACAGGAGACCCCAAGCCAUGGUCAUAUCUAAUACCCAGCGAGCAUAUUUUUAUCAGACGAAUAUUCGUCCGUCUGAAUCAGCUGCGUUUGUACUUGGACAAAUUUUUAGACGGGCUGAAAUGUUUCAACUUA